GUAUGCCGCAAACACAACAAUCUGGUAACAUCUGCUCCAACUAGCCGUGCAACAACUACAAUUUAUCCUCAACAACUACAAUUCAUCCGCGGAUUAGUCUCAACUGUGCCUACAACACGUUACUUUUCGCAAUUCAGAAAUCAGCAACAACCAACGUCCAGCAUAAGUACCGGAACUACCACAUCAACAAUUGUUGCCACAAAAGCUACUGACAACCGAACUACUCACGUACUCAUAAAUCGCUCCAAUAACACUUUAAUCGGUGGUAACACUACACAAUGCCUGCAGAACGCUAAAAUUUUGAAUAAACCACCGACAAAUAUUGCAGCGACGGCCGUUAUCGCUAAUAAGUCUCCAAUUAAUCACAAUACUCAUUCUCCUGCCAUACAAGCUAUGAAGCUGCGACAACAACCCCUGCGCCAAAACAUUUCGGCCUUGCAACAAAUUAGGCAACAAACACAACACCAGCAAAAAUAACAGCAACAACAACAAAAUAUUCAACUCAGCAGGGACAUCUCUCCCUGCGACAACAGUCGCUGCCCCGCCCGAUGGUACUUCCAUCACAGAAGCUGGAACUACUAAGCCUGAGGUUGAAUCCGAGAUUGACAUUGUGAUCAACAACGUGGUUUGCUCGUUCAGUGUGCGAUGCCAUUUGAAUCUGCGUGAUAUUGCUCUCAAUAUUCCCAAUGUGGAGUAUCGUCGCGGGAACAGUAUGCUGUCAAUGAAGCUGCGAAGACCUUAUACGACUGCGUCCAUCUGGUCAUCAGGUCGAAUCACCUGCAUAGGUGCCACGUCUGAAGAACAGGGGCAUCAGAUCCUUAUGCUAAUGCCACUACUGAUGGCUUUUGAUGUGCAAUUAAGCUCACGUUUGGGCAUGCUGGAGACGGCCCUAGUAGGCUACAAAAAUAUGUGCGGUAAUUUGGAGAAGGAAUUAACGAAUGCCAAGCAAUUACCCGUGGCAGAUCAAUCAAUAGAAAAUGUCAUAAGCUCAGAAGUCUAUCAGCAUACAAAGAAAGAGUGGAUACCAACGUUCUACAGUAACCAUGUCCUAAAGCGCAAUAUGUGGUUGGUACGUUCUUGCUCUUUGAGUGAAAUUCGUUUGCUUGCCCAAUAACUCGCAUAACUAAUUCUAAAUAAAUUCAAGUUGGUAAGGCGUUAAACAGGCGAUCGCGACUCUUGUGUUGCUGGACCGUUUAAAGCACCCAGAUAUUCAGUAUAUGAAGAUUUGAGUAUAUAAAAGAAUAUGAGCUUUUGACAAAAAUAAAAGAUCAAAAAUCAACAGUAACUUUUAAUUACUUCAAAUCUGCA